CUCUCGGUUUUGCGUCUCUCUGGUGGUUGGGCCCCACCUGCAGUGUCACGUGUCCGCCACAAAGAACACAAACCUGACGACUUGGUGUCAGCUAGUAUUGCAGACGGCUUCCUUCUUCGGUUCUUCCUGCCGCCGCCGCCGCCUCUCGCCGUCGCCGGCGGCUUCUACCUCUCGUUUGCCCUUCUGGUGCGCCCGAUCUCUUGCAUAGCCUACGACAAUGGCCACCUCCGCCUACGCAGCCACCGUCGCCGGGGAAGCAGCGGCGGCGGCGGCGUCGCCGUCCCGUCGUGUCCUUGCCGGUGGCCGACCUCCUCCGCCCUGCAUCUCCUUCCUCUCCAAAUCGCCGUCCUGGUGCGCCUCGAUCUCUCUCCCUCCAGGGCCCCGCCGCGCCGCCGCCGCGGCCGAGGAGAGGGUGGAGGAGGAGGAGCCGACCUGGGUGGAGCUGGAGCCGAUCGGCAGCGAGCAGCAGCUGGAGCGUGCCCUCGCGGAGGCGCAGCAGCUCGGCCUCCCCAUCGUCCUUCUCUGGAUGGCAAGCUGGUGCAGGAAGUGUAUAUAUUUGAAGCCUAAACUAGAGAAUUUGGCAGCAGAAUGCUAUCCAAGAAUUCGGUUCUACUGUGUCGAUGUCAAUGCUGUUCCUCAAAAGCUUGUCAAUCGUGCAGGAGUAACAAAGAUGCCUUCAAUACAGCUGUGGAGUGACUCUCAAAAACAGGCUGAGGUGAUUGGUGGACACAAAUCCUGGCUAGUAAUUGACGAUGUUCGGAGGAUGAUCGAUCAGGAGGAAUGAUCCAUUAUGUCCUUUAGUGCAAAUGAUGAUGUGAUGAUGUCCAACAGGAAGAAUCUUUCAGUAUAGCAAAUGGAGAAAUCAGAAAUCAAAAGCCAGUAUGAACUCCUUUCAAGAGAUCGAGCCAUAUAUUUAAGUAUCGAAUCGACGAAAUUACUACCUCUACAGUCAAAUAGGCACUACUACACAAGGCAGCAUUUCAAUCGUGUUCUCUCCAAAUUUGGGGUCGACAGAAUUUCACAACCUGUGGCUGCAUUCCUGUGGUGUCCUUGAUGUAUCCAUGUGUCUUGUUUGGAAAUCUAUGCAAUUAAAGGCAAAGACUUCUUGCUCAUGUACUGUCACAGUACGGGCAAGCAUUUAAAUUAGUCAUUAGAUGACAAUAAUAUUUAGUCAAUGAGCCUUCAGAGGGCAUGUUGAAAGUGUUAUGGUUCCAAAUCCAUAUGCUGCACAACUGUGAUUGACUUGAACUACUAGUACUACAAAAGAUAGCUACAGUGUCAGCCUUUUGCAAAGCAGGUGUUGCUAGUUUUGUUCAGAAUAGAAAAACAAGCAUGUAUGUAUAUGUUCCUGCUGAACAAAGUAUAGUUAUCCUUAAAGUUAAUUGGGAUUA